AUGGCGCAGCCAUUGCCCGUCUCGAUACGGAGGCGGAGGCGGAGAGCCGUCGGCUUCGCGGUGCUGAACGCAAGGUGGCCCUCGGGUGCGAUGGCCGCGCCAGGUUUCGGUGAUGCACGUCGUGCGGACCGCUAUGUUGCAGCUGGAAAGGGACCUUGCCACGGAGCACUGGGAGAUUUACGCGUGUGUGGGCUGAGCCCGUUCGGGCUGAGAGUGUGGAGGCAUUCUUCGCAGAGCACUCACGGGCGGGGCCUUCAAGCCGCUCCUAUGCAUCCAGACUGCGGCAGCAUUUCGCCCAUUCCUCACAAGGGAGGCGCCAAUCUCCCAGAUCCGAAGCUGCCCUGGAGACCCUGUCGGUGUUGGUUUCCUUCGGGCUGCGGUGUGAUGUGGCUGAUUUUGAGCAAGGGGCAUUUGGACAACCUGAAUCCGACACUGUCCUUUUCAAAGAGGCGCUGGAAGUCUACAGUUGGGACGCGCUUGAAGAAAUCGUCGGGGUACCUUUUGCUUCUUCGCUGCGCGCGCUGCGCGGUGACCUCCCGCGGGCGCUAA